AUAAUGCAUUCCCCCAUUACCCACCCCACCAAGCAGGCACAAUAAACCCAUGCGGGUUGGACCAAUCUGAUCUCAUUCUUCUCCAAUCCGCAUCGGACAAAAUCAAAAACAAACAAAAAUAGUUUUAAAGAAAAAAAAAUGAGUCCGAAAUCAUCAUUGCUUGUCAUUCUCUCUAGCUUCCUUCUAUUCUCCUCGGCCGCAACGGCUUUCAACAUAACAAAACUCCUCGACAGGUUCCCAAACUACAGCACCUUCAAUUCCCUCCUAUCCCAAACCGGCCUCGCCAACCAAAUCAACGCUCGCCAAACCAUCACCGUCCUCGCCGUCCACAAUGACGCCAUGGGAGCUCUCUCAAGCAAGCCCGUCGACGUAGCCGGAAGAAUCCUGAGCGUACACGUCAUCCUCGAUUACUACGAUAUCCCUAAACUCCAACAACUGUCGAAGAAAUCGAGCAUCGUUACCACUCUCUAUCAGGCCUCGGGAAUCGCAUCCACCCAGCAAGGGUUUCUCAACAUCACAGAUCUGCCCAAUCGUGAAGUCGGAUUCGCAUCCGCAAUCAAAGGCUCGCAUCUCGAUGUCAAGCUCGUUAAUCUGGUGGCUGCUCAGCCGUAUAAUGUGUCCGUGCUUCAAGUCUCCGGCAUCAUCGUCACGCCUGGAAUCGACGGAAACUUCACUGCUCCACCGAAGAAAGCUCCGGCGCCGGCGCCGUCGAAGGCGAAGAAGGCCCCCAGCCCUAGCCCUGUCGGUACCCCUACCCCUACCCCUAGCCCCGCCGCCGACGAAACCGCCGAUUCUCCCACCGAAUCGCCGGCAGAAGCUCCGGUCAGCUCUCCGCCGGUCUCCGCCGACGCUCCCGCCGCCGACGGAAAGGAGGCGGAUGCUCCCGCUCCGUCGAAAUCGUCGGCGAUGAGGUUCGCUGCUUCUGGAUUGGUCUCUGGCCUGGUUGUGGCUUUGGCGUCGGCAUUGUAAUAAAGAGGAGGAAUUAAUUAUGUAUGUUACGAUAUGUUUUGUUAUCAGUAUUCACCCAAAAUAAAAAUAAAAAAAAAUGUUUUUGUUUGGAGGAAAAGAAAAGAAACAGAUGAAAAGAAAAAAAAGAAAAAGAAAAGAGAGAGACAUGUUUGUUUGUAAGACAUUUUUUUAAUUUUUUUGGACCUUGCAUUUUGUAGCAGGGGAAUGGACAAAUGAAUUAACCUGGUGCCUGUUUUUAGAAUAACACAAGUUUGUUGCAAA